GCCUUCUCCUCGUCUUAAAAUUAUUAUUACACAUUUUACAUUUACAUUCUACUACUUCUUAAAAUUCUCGUUACAUAUUUGUAUUUCUAGCUGUUUCUUCCGCGAAUGCUCAAUGCGAUUGUGAACUUGUGCGAGUAACAACGUCGCAAUAUUUUCGUACAGUUUUGUAGUUUUUUUUUCUUUUCCGACUCGUCGUACGUUUAUAAUUAUUCCAAACUCGACUCUUAGUCUUCGCGAUUCCUUAGUUUAUUUUUUCCAUCGCCAUUCGCCACCACCGCCGCCGUCUUGUGUUUUUUUCUUCUUCUUCGAGUGAAAGUGAAAUAAAAAUAUUUUGAAACUGUGUCGGUGUUGUGAGUUACGCUCCUAUUGUUUAUCGUGCGGUGUGGAUUAUGCCUUCUUCGCAUUCGCAACAACCUCCUGCAAAACCGAAAGGAAUAUUCGGCCGAAAAAAGAUUUCAGUCGGAUUCAGCUUGUCGAAACCCAAAAACUUGAUGAACGUUGAUUCGAAAAAUCAGAGCAACGAGAGUGUAAAUAGUACCGGAAACGAUGGCAGCAGUAAGGCCGAAAGCGCCGCCGAUCAGAACUCAUCUAAUAAUAGUGCCGCUACAAAUAUUACUCCUGUGAUUACGACAAUUACCGCGAUUGCCUCCGCCUCUACUUCCGAUCGCAAAGAAAAUAGCAGUCCGGUUACCACCAAUAAUAGUGAUAAGGUUAAUUAUAUAAGCGAUAAUAAUAAAACAGUCAUCUGUAAAAAUGUCACCGUUGAUGGAAGUAGCGGCAAUUCGAAGUUGGACUCUUCGGUCCAAGAGUCAUAUAAGCUAUCCGGCAAUCACAACGGUAGCUUCAGCGCCGCAUCCAGAAUAACCAGCAACGAAAGCAAUACCGCAUCAAGUACUAGCAGCGGCGAGGCAUCUUCGUUCAUCACUACAUCAUCGUCAUCGUCAUCAUCAUCGUCCUCAUUGCACCGACAACGACUCCAUCGCCAAAUAACUAGUACAAGAGAGAUGAAAACAUCUUGCGUGAAAAGCGACCUAACCGAAUUAAAGUCCAGUUUAUCGGAAAUGAAAAAUCUCAGCUUUAAUAGUAAAUUUACCAAAUCGAUAGAAAACAUACUGGACGGCCGAGCCGAAAACGUCGUUAUAUCAGAAGAUAACAACGCCGCCGCCGCCUCCGGUACCGGCGCAUCCGGCGCUGCCGUGCCCUCCGGUGAACCACUGAUCACUUAUCCGGAAUCGCCAACGCCUAACGCGACUACGAAUAUCGUAACUUUUCCUAAUCAAAGUGACGCCGUCGCAACCGUCGUUAGUAGUCGUAAAAGCAGCAUUGCCGCUGAAGAAUUACCCCCGUCGUGCUGCGUCAGUCCUUCUGCUUCGGUGACUAGCGAAAUGAAAUUUGAACAGAGGCGCCUGUCGUCUGCCUCGAAGACUAAAUUAAUUACCGAACAGUUUAAAUCCAAAUCCGAGGAGAGUUCGCGUAACGAGAUGGAAUUAAAAAGAUUACAUUCUUGCGAUCAGUUCGCCUACCAGGAGCAGAAUAGCGCUGUGACUAAUAACCUUAUUAGUGAAAAAACCAUCGAUGCUAGACAUAUACAGAAAACCGGAGCUCAACAGCAACGUCAAACUAGUAUCACUUCCUCCAGUGUUGGUGGCAUGUUCAAUAAGGAAAAAGUUAUCACUCAUCACAGCAGUAAUUUCAGCUCGUCAAAAGGAUUUUCAACUUCGGUAUCUCACCAGAUGCAGCAGUUCACCAGCAACACGAACGCGUUUCUUGAAAAUGAAAUCAAAAACGCGAUACAAGCUUCGCGAGUGGACGCCAUUUCGGGCUAUCUGGCGGAAAAUUUCGACGACCUGAAUGAAUUGGUUACGAACGCUAGUCAUUCGGAAGUAGAGAAAGCCAUCCAAAAGUACACAACAUCGGUGAAACAAAUCGCGCAAUCGUUGAACGAAUCAAAAGUCAAAGCGAACGAAAUUCCCGAUGUUUUGAAUAAAAUGAGCGAAAUGAUGACUAAAGCUUGGUUCAUUCCGACUCACGGACACGAAUUGGGAAACUCUCUGUGUAACGCUUUACGCGAAUGCGGCGGACUAUCGUUCCUGAUUUCAAAUUGCGAUUCCGAAAACGAUGAUGUCAAGUUCUCCAGCGCUAAAUUAUUGGAACAGUGCUUGACGACCGAAAAUAGAGCUUACGUUGUUGAACACGGUCUGGAAAAAGUCGUUCAGGUGGCGUGCAUUUGUACGAAAAACGCUUCUUCUUCGGAUCAUUCGAGAGUUCGGACAGGAAUCCUGGAACACCUAUUCAAACACAGCGAAGGUACCUGCGAAGACGUCAUACGGCUCGGAGGAUUAGACGCCGUCUUGUACGAUUGUCGAAAAAACGACAUAGAAACCUUACGACACUGCGCCAGCGCCCUUGCCAAUUUAAGUCUCUACGGUGGCGCUGACAACCAGCAGGCUAUGAUAAAGCGAAAAGUACCCGUAUGGUUAUUCCCGCUAGCUUUUCACAACGACGAUAAUAUCAAAUAUUACGCGUGCCUGGCCAUCGCCGUGUUGGUGGCUAAUAAGGAAAUCGAAGCAGACGUAUUGAAAUCGGGCACUUUGAACCUGGUCGAACCGUUUGUAACAAGUCAUAACCCGUCCGAGUUCGCGAAAUCGAAUCUAUCGCAUGCUCACGGUCAAAGUAAGAAUUGGUUGCGACGGUUAGUUCCGGUUUUGAGCUCGAAGCGAGAAGAAGCUAGGAAUCUGGCUGCUUUUCAUUUCUGCAUGGAAGCCGGUAUCAAAAAAUCUCAGGGUAAUACCGAAGUCUUCCGAGAGAUCGGAGCGGUCGAAUCUUUGAAAAAAGUAGCCAGCUGUCCUAACGCUAUCGCUUCCAAAUUCGCCGCACAAGCGUUAAGGCUGAUGGGCGAAGACGUGCCGCAUAAACUCAUUCAACAAGUUCCUCUAUGGUCGGCCGAAGAUGUGCAAGAAUGGGUUAUACAGAUUGGCUUUCCCGAAUACGCAGCUCAGUUCAAUGAAAGUCGAGUGGACGGAGAUAUGUUGCUGAAAAUGAAAGAAGAAAAUUUAAGAGACGAUAUUAAAAUAACUAAUGGACUCAAAAGGAUAAGGUUCACUAGAGAGCUGCAAAAUUUAAAGAAAAUGGCUGAUUAUAGUAGUCGAGAUUCGGAUAAUUUGAACGAUUUUAUGCAAAGCAUCGGUCCAGAAUACACCAUCUAUACCUAUUCGAUGCUAAAUGCGGGUGUCGAUAAAGAUUCGAUCAAAUGUCUAACUCAAGAGCAGUUGCAACUCGAGUGUGGUAUCACAAACAGUAUUCAUAGAUUACGAAUUUUAGAAGCUAUCAAAGCUAAAAGCUGUCUAAAUAGUUCGUUACAACAAGAUUCGGAUAAACCUUUAGAUGUGUUCAUAAGUUAUCGGCGAUCAAACGGAUCUCAAUUAGCGAGUUUACUCAAAGUUCAUUUGCAAAUAAGAAAUUUCACCGUAUUUAUCGACGUAGAAAAAUUGGAAGCCGGUAAAUUCGAUAAUAAUUUACUUCGAAGUAUUAAACAAGCUAAAAAUUUCGUACUAGUAUUAACUCCUGAGGCAUUGGACCGAUGUGUCAAUGAUAGCGAAUGUAAAGACUGGGUUCAUCGAGAAAUAGUAGCAGCUUUACAGUCAGAUUGUAAUAUUAUACCUAUUAUCGAUAGUAACUUUGCAUGGCCCGAGCAAGAAGCCUUACCAGAAGAUAUGCGAGCCAUUUGCCAUUUUAAUGGUCUACCAUGGGUUCACGAUUACCAAGAAGCAGUAAUUGAAAAACUAGAAAAAUUCAUCAGAGGAGAAACCGGCUUCAGUCGUAAUAAUAUGGGCGGAUGCGAUACGUAUUCGAGUCCUCAUGGCAUAAGAACUAUAAAAAAUGACACCAGUUUGUCUCAAUCGCCUCCAAGUUAUCACAAAAUUCAAUGCGGCAAAGAUAAUGAAAUCAAAGAAGAUGGUAAAAAUUGAAUAGUGAAAUAUAUUCUAUAAUUCGAUCGAAAUCGAAGUCUAGUGUCGAAGAUUGGUCCUGUUGUUUUGUAUAAGAGCUUAUGUCAGGCUGUUGAUUUUUUUUUUGUUCGUGCUUGAUACACGUUUUAUUGUUAUUUGUAUUUUUGUGAUGUACUUAUUUUCUUUUUGUCGUGAUUGUGAUGAAUCUGUAAUAGUGUUGUUUUGUUGACGUAUUUUAAUAAUGCCUACCGAUGUUUUAUAUUUUAAUAAACAAAAAUGAGUUGCUUUCGUAUAAAUUAUAUAUGUUAAGUAUGUACCUACUUCUGCGUUGUAUUUUUAAUUGUUUUAAGAUGUACCUACGAAUUUUAAUUUUUUUUUAAUUUGACGUGUGUUUAUUCGACAUGUUGAUCGAACUCACGAUUUUGUUUUAUUUUAUCGUAUGUAUUUUUGUGAUGAGUGUAUCCGUAUGUAUGCGUUGAUUAUACAAUUUUUUACGUA